CACAUUUAAAACACAUGUUACUGCUCUUUGGCUGUGUGCGGUUUGGCAGCUCCAGAGGACACUGAUAGGGGAUUUAAAGGCAUGGGACUUGAUCACUUGACAGACAGACAUUAAAAAAUCACGACAGGGACACAAGCAAAUAAAAAUGCGCUUUGAGGCAGCACGACCGGCAGCAGUGGGAGAGACAUAAGGGCAGAUACCAAAACAGACAAACUAGCCUCUCAUAGCUCUGUGAAAAUUAGCCCAGAUCUUAAAGGAAGGAAUUGUGUGGGCAUUCUUGGACCUCAGGGCCAAUUUUUUUUUUUUUUUUUUUUUUGACAAACCACAGUAGGGUCUGGAGAACUGAGGAGUGACAGAGGGAAAGUUUUACAUACAGAUAUUGUAAUCACUGAAAUUAGCAGUUAAGGAAAACCAGAAGUCAGCAGCCUUUUCAGGAGGUGGGAAUAUAAAGAAGAAAAGAGUUUGAACAGAGAGGAAUUUGUUCAGAUCAUUUGGCUUUAGACCCUGUAUUAUCUGAUAGGCCUUCAGUGUGUUUGCUGAUAAGGAGUCUUAAAGGGAAUCUUGACCUUUGUUUUUUUUUCAACUUCUGAGAUCUAGUAGUGCUGUUAUUUAACUGGACACCUCAGGUUCAGCAUCAAAGCUUCAGACUUAAGAGGUACAUGUUUUAAAGCCUCUUUAGCGUUCUCCAUUUGGCUCAUGGGUGUCUGGGUUGCUGUGACAGGUUACGUCUGGCUCAGGCACACACACACACACACACACUCGCACACACUGCGCACUCUCUACUGUGCAGCUGGAAGAUCAAGAGUUUGUGUUGCACAUACCCGCACUGAAAAAACUCUGUGUGUGUGUGGUCCGAGGGACUCAGCUGGUCUGGGAAACUGAGUUGGAGAGGCAGUCGGUUCUAAGUGCUUUCUCCCAGCAGUAAAAGGAGACAAGUUCAUACUGCUGAGUGCUUCUCACAGAAGGUGAUCAGAGCCAAGGGAUGAUGAUCAAGAUGAAACGGACUCUGUUCAGACUGUCCUGCUUGGUGACUCUGGUGGUGGAGCUGAGCUGGAUAAAUGUGGGCCACAGUAUGCACAGAGAGGGAGGAAGUAGGAUAAUGAAGCAGUGGGAACAGAAAGUGCGGUCAGCCUCCAGCCUGGAUGAGUUGCUGAGGCUCGCAGACUUUCCUGAUUGGAAGUUGUGGAAGUGUCGCCUAAGAUUUCAGCAGCCAGAAACCCAGACGGAGACCCUCUCUUCUCCACCGGUAGGGUCAGUAGGGUCACACCGCUCCACACGCUAUGCUGCCGAAUCUUACAGCCUGGAGAUACUUAAAGCCAUAGAUGAAGAGUGGCAGCGGACUCAGUGCAUGCCAAGGGAAACAUGCGUUGAUGUGGCCAAGGAGCUAGGCACUGACCCCUCAAUGUUCUUCAAGCCACCUUGUGUGUCUGUCCACAGGUGCAGUGGUUGCUGCAAUCAAGAGGGCGUCAACUGCAGAAACACAACUACUGUAUAUGUGAAUAAAACUGUCCUCAGUGUCAUUCCAUUCAAGUUUGUACCAGAACCGGUGCUAAUAAAAGUAGCUAAUCAUACAGAGUGUCGGUGCAUGGAGCCUGCCAUAAUACGACGUAAUGCUCAACCACACAGGAGUAGUGGCUGCUCCCCGAUGGGCCAGCUGUCAGAGACAGAGGACUCCAGGAGACUUUGUGCUAGUGGGUUGAUUUGGGAUUGUUCCACUGACAGAUGCAUUCCUUACCCUUCCAGUACACCAGAGUUUCCACUCAGUUCAUGGAUGCCCGACUGUGAGAUAGACGUGGAGCGCUGUGACUGUCUUCCUAGACCUGUGCCAACCAUGCAGCCAAGACCCACCCAUCGUUGCCAACUCAACUCUUCAGUCUGUGCCCACAGGCGUCAGCGUUUCGAUCAAGCAUCCUGCAGAUGCAAAUGGCCCAAGUAGAAGUCCACUGGGGAAAUAAAUUACGACAACCUGCUCGCCAAAGAUGUUUGGAGGCAGAGAAGAAAGGCUCAUAAUUUAUUUACAGUCCUAUUUAUGCUGAUCACUUUAACUAAUUAAGAUGAUAUUAACUCAC